AUGGCUGACCGAGGCCUCUCCCAGAUUCUCUCCCAGCUAAAGCAGUCUCCCCAGAUGAGCUAUCCCGAGGCCAGCGCCCUCCUCUCCAAGGCCAAACUCAGUCUCCUCAGCCUCAACGCUCUGACUCCGACUCCCUCAACACCCUCGAACCUUCUUGCCCUUGCCCGAGAGACCUAUGAGCAAGGUGCCCUGUUCUCUAUUCGCGCCAAAAACGCCGAUGCCUUCACGCGCUACGUUCAGCAGCUGCAGCCCUUUUAUGAGCUGCCAUCAGCCACCUUGCCGCCAAACCUCCCUGAACGUAACAGGGUCACGGGUCUGAGCCUGUUGCUGCUCCUCACUCAGGGCCGCUACGCUGAGUUCCACUCAGAGCUGGAGAGUCUGGCAAACAGGGAUGGUGGCGGGGCCGAUGUGGAAGGCGACCGAUAUCUGGGAUACCCUGUUCGCCUGGAGAGGUGGCUUAUGGAGGGAAGCUAUGAUCGAGUAUGGAAGGCAAUGAAGAGCAGCGAAGUCCCCUGCGACGAGUACAGUGUCUUCUCUGAGAUCCUCAAGAACCAAAUACGAUCCGAAAUCGCCAGCAGCAGCGAGCGAGCCUACCCUAGCCUUCCGAUAAGCUCCACCAAAUCGCUAUUAUUCCUGAAUUCAGAAGGAGAUGUUAUUCAAUUUGCCAAGCACCGCGGAUGGCUGGUUAAGGAGGGCCACAUCUAUUUCCCCAACACUGCGGCGGAAGGCAGUGAAGAUGGAGUUUACGUCAAAGAUAUGAGCCAAAUGAUCAUGGAGAAUACACUCGGCUAUGCUCGCGAGCUGGAAACCAUUGUGUAG